GCCUGCCCAUAGAAUAUUCGGAUAAGUUUCGGUUUAGCGAAAGCAUUCUUCAUCUUCUUCUUCUUCUCGUUAUAUAUAUAGAGAACAAAAAAACAGCAAACUCCAUCUUCAUUCUCCUAAAUCCAUCCACUCUGCUCCAAAAAUCCCACCUUGUGUGGCUGCAAAUCUCUCCUUCUCCCUCCGUUGAGCGAUGCGCUCGAUCAUUCGUGGCGCCAAAUUACUCCGCUAAUUGAAUCCCUCUCCCUAUCUGUAACAGGCACAUUCUUUCUAUCAAUCAACUAUGCAAAACCCUUCAACAGUAACCCAGGAAUCAGCAUCAUCCGCCUUUGAUUUCUUCACGCGGCUGAGCGUUUUAGCCUCCAGAAAUCGAUCUCCAUUUUCGAAUUCGGAUGGGUAUUAUCCCCUCUCGACCUCCAAUGCAUUGUUCUUCAAUGGUUCCCGGACUCUCCUACACGCCCAGAGGACGCGCAAAGCCGUAGCUUCCCUGAGCUUGAACACUAGUAACAGCGUCGGCUCUAGCCUGCGUAGGUUUAUCAGCGAUUUCAAUAGCUUUAUUAGGUUUCACUGCGAGAAGGUGGUCCCAGAGUCCUUCGCCUCCGUCGGAGGAGUUGGGGUUUCGAGCGACGAGAACGGGGUUAGCGAAGGUGGGACCGGCGGGGUUUUGGGCGAGGAGGGUUUGCCAUUGAAUGUCGUCGAAGCUGAUCGGCCGAAGAAAGUUUUGAUUUUGAUGAGUGAUACUGGUGGUGGUCACAGAGCCUCUGCGGAAGCCAUUAAAGCUGCAUUCCACCAGGAGUUUGGGGAUGAGUACCAGGUGUUUAUUACGGAUUUGUGGACGGAUCAUACGCCCUGGCCGUUCAACCAGCUUCCCAGGAGCUAUAACUUUCUGGUGAAACAUGGAACUCUCUGGAAAAUGACUUACUAUGGUACGGCUCCACGCGUUAUUCACCAAUCCAAUUUUGCAGCAACUUCGACUUUUAUCGCCAGGGAAAUUGCACAAGGGUUGAUGAAAUAUCAACCAGACAUUAUAAUCAGUGUUCAUCCGUUGAUGCAACAUGUCCCACUUCGUGUCCUAAGAUCAAAAGGGUUGCUUAAGAAAAUCGUCUUCACCACGGUUAUUACAGACUUGAGCACUUGCCAUCCCACAUGGUUUCAUAAGCUUGUGACAAGAUGUUACUGCCCAUCAACAGAAGUGGCUAAAAGGGCUCAAAAGGCCGGACUUGAAACAUCGCAAAUCAAAGUUUACGGGCUUCCUGUUCGACCUUCCUUUGUGAAACCAGUUCGCCCAAAGGUUGAAUUAAGAAGGGAGCUAGGGAUGGAUGAGAAUCUUCCAGCUGUAUUGUUAAUGGGUGGAGGAGAAGGAAUGGGACCCAUCGAGGCAACAGCAAGAGCACUAGGAGAUGCUUUGUAUGAUGAGAGUCUAGGUGAAGCCGUUGGUCAGGUUCUUAUAAUAUGUGGACGGAACAAGAAACUCCAAAACAGAUUAAGUUCCUUAGAUUGGAAAAUCCCAGUCCAGGUUAAAGGGUUUAUAACGAAAAUGGAGGAAUGCAUGGGUGCCUGUGACUGCAUCAUAACAAAGGCUGGUCCGGGAACAAUAGCUGAAGCUAUGAUAAGAGGGCUACCGAUAAUCUUAAACGGCUACAUCGCUGGUCAAGAGGCAGGGAAUGUGCCGUACGUGGUGGAGAACGGAUGCAGAAGGAAAGCAGAGAUGUUGUACAUUAUAGGGUUAGGUUUAGGAGAUGAAAGGGACAUAACACUGAGAGGACUCGAAGCCGUGAAGAAAUCUCAGAAAGUAUACAUGGAAGCUUACACUUCUCUUUUGUCCUUCGGUCUCUCUCCUAAUGGUCUUUCCAAUCUUGAAAAGUUUUAUGGGAAACCAAUUAUACUUGCUGAUAGAGAAAUGGUGGAAGAAAAAGCAGGCGAUAUGAUUGAAGAAGCCAUUCAUAGCGAUGUCGCUUUUCUCGUUGUUGGUGAUCCUUUCGGAGCUACAACGCACAGUGAUCUUGUUGUUCGAGCUAAGAAACUCGGUGUAAAUGUAGAGGUUGUGCACAACGCAUCUGUGAUGAAUGCUGUUGGGAUCUGUGGUCUGCAGCUUUACCAUUACGGAGAGACUGUUUCAAUCCCGUUCUUCACCGAGACUUGGAGACCAGACAGCUUUUACGAGAAGAUCAAGAAGAACCGUGAUCUUGGACUCCACACUCUCUGUUUGCUGGAUAUCCGAGUGAAAGAGCCCACUUUCGAAUCUCUCUGCAGAGGAGGGAAGAAGCAGUAUGAGCCUCCCAGAUACAUGACUGUUAAUACAGCGAUCGAGCAGCUUCUGGAAGUUGAGCAGAAGCAUGGAGAUUCUGUUUACGGUGAAGACACAGAGUGUGUGGGGUUUGCACGGCUUGGCUCUGAGGACCAGACGAUUGUUGCAGGGACGAUGAAGCAGCUCGAGAGUGUUGACUUUGGAGCACCGUUGCACUGCCUUGUGAUUGUAGGCAAGACUCAUCCCGUGGAAGAAGAGAUGUUAGAGUUUUACAGAUACAAAACUGCAAAUUAAAGACCACAGGACCGAAGCAGGCUCUUAUCUUCUGAGGAAUUGAUGGAAAGUAGGUGAAACAGUUUUGGUCAUUUCUAUCUAUUUUUUGUGGGUUUUGAUGUUACAUAAGCAUAACUACGAUGUGUCUUCGAAUAUGAGAUAUUCAUUUGGCUAUAGUUUGAGGCGCACUUUGUAUUGUAUUCGAGCAUUUUUUUUUUUUGUCGAAGAGAAUUUUUAGUUUGAGAUAUAUUUGGUUUGAGGAACUAACACCAAAGGAGAAAUCGUUUCGGUUUGUUUUUGCUCGGUCUGGCUCUUGAG